UGUAAUGAUGACAAUGAAAACAGUGACCAAACCUGCGUUAGAGCUUACGUUAGCCAUCAUUAAGCCCGACGUCUGUAAAGAUGUCAAUCGUCUGAAUGCGAUCAGAAAUACUAUCAGAAUUAAUGGAUUUUAUUUUAUCCAAUCUCUGGUCACACAAAUGUCACCCGAAAUGGCCAAACAGUUUUAUGUUGAACACCGAGAUAAGUUUUUCUACAACCGAUUGGUCACAUUUAUGUCUUCGGGAGAUAUAUCAGUGCACGUAUUGGCCAAAGAUAACGCUAUAAUUGAUUGGCGCAAAUUGAUGGGACCGACCAAAGUUUAUAAGACUAAGUUCUUGGAGCCAAACUCUUUGAGAGGAAAGUAUGGCUUAAGUGAUACCCGAAACGCGACCCAUGGAUCAGAUUCUGUACAAUCAUUUGAAAAAGAAUAUAAAUAUUUUUUUAAUGAUUUUUCACCACAAAAAUGGAUGACUAAUGAAAUGGAAUUACACAUUAUUAAAACCAUUAAUUACUUCAAAGUACAGUAA